UGCAGCGCUCAGGGUGCCCCCCAAUCCCAGUGGGGUGAAAUGAUAGACCAAACUGGCAAGGCAGGGGAUGGGGCAUGAACAUCACUGUCUGAGGUCAGGUGGCCACCUGGGUGAAGCCCAGGGCCACAGCAUCACUCCAAUCCUGGGUCCUGGAGGCCUGGCCCCAUUCUUGGGAAGCCUCGGGUUUCCAAUGUGCUCUGGGAUCCCAGACCACAGGAGGGGUUCCUAGCCUGGCUCCCUGGGGCUGCCCCCUCCCCACUCUCAGGACCCCUCCCAAACACCCAGUCCCUUGCUCGGGAGGCAAGCCGAAGGGAUCCCCACACUUCCCUGUGGCCUCCUGCCCACCCUGCUGCCAGGCCCUGAGCCUGCCUCAUCCAGGCCUCCAGCUGCCAGUGGUUCCAGGCUUGGGUCCCCAGGGCAGGGUCAGAGCAAGGACUGAAAGCUGGUCAGGACCCAGGGCAGCCUCUCACUCCCCUCUCACCCUCGUAGGUGCCGGCAGCUGACUUGGUGCUCCUCUCAGCUGCCCACCAUGGCCUGGGGGCUGCCCAGCACCGCCAGCCUGGCACGCUUCUGCCAGAAGCUGAACCGGCGGAAGACACCGGAGGAGCCCACCACAGAGACAUCACUGCGGCGCUGCCUGACCACACUGGACCUGACACUGCUGGGUGUGGGUGGCAUGGUGGGCUUUGGCCUUUAUGUGCUCACAGGCACCGUGGCCAAGAGGAUGGCUGGCCCUGCGAUGCUUGUGUCCUUCAGCGUGGCCGCUGUGGCCUCCCUGCUCACAGCCCUAUGCUACGCGGAGCUUGCAGUGCGUGUGCCCUGCAGGGGCUCUGCCUACCUGUUCACUGUGUUCACGGGUGAGCUGUGGGCCUUCCUCGUUGGCUGGAUCGUGCUCAUCCAGUGGCUCCUUGGUGGAUCCGCCGUGGCCCGCAUCUGGAGCAGCUACCUGGAUGUCAUCUUUAGCCACCGCAUCCAGAGUUUCACUGAGGCCCAUGUGGCCAUCUGGCAGUUGCCCAUCCUGGCCCGGUACCCAGACUUCUUGGCUGCUGCCAUCAUACUUUUGGUCUUGGCUCUCAUCUGCUGUGGAGCCCGUGUCUCUUCCUGGCUCAACCACACCUUUUCUGCCAUCAGCCUGGCCAUCAUCCUCUUCAUCAUCAUCCUGGGGUUUGUCCUGGCCCGCCCGCACAACUGGAGUGCUGAGGAGGGCGGCUUUGCACCCUUUGGUUUCUCUGGCAUCAUGGCUGGUGCUGCCACCUGCUUCUACACCUUUGUGGGCUUUGGCGCCAUUGCUUCCUCCAGCGAGGAGGCCCGGAACCCAAAGCGAGCCAUUCCUAUGGCCAUCGCUAUCUCAGUUGGUCUGAUGGCUGCUGCCAACAUCCUUGUCUCCACUGUGCUCACCCUCAUGGUGCCCUGGCACAGCCUAGACCCUAACUCAGCCCUUGCUGAUUCCUUCCUCCAGCGGGGCUAUAGCUGGGCGGCCUUCAUCGUGGCAGGUGCAAUCUGUGCCAUGACCACUCUCCUGCUCACCAUCUUCUUGUUCGUGCCACGCAUGCUCUGUGCCAUGGCUGCCGACGGGCUCUUCUUCCAGGUGUUUGCCCGCGUGCACCCCCGGACACGAGUGCCUGUGGUGAGCCUCCUGGUGUUCAGGAUUCUCAUGGCUUUCCUGGCGCUGCUGCUGGACCUCCAGGCACUGGUCCAUUUCCUGUCUAUUGGAACACUUCUGGUCCUCACUGUCCUGACCAUUAGCAUUAUCAUGCUACGCUUCCGAAAGUCCCCUCCAUCCAGUUCUCAGGGCCCAGGCAGCCCUGUGGGCAGAGAGCAGACCUCAGCCCCUGAGCCUGGGCAGCUGCGACCAGCCCUGAGGCCCUACCUCCGCUUCCUGGGUGGGUGCAGGCCUGGAGUCGCUGUGGCCUGGGCCCUCGGUGUCCUGGUGGCCUCAGCCAUCACUCUGGACUGCGUGCUGGUCUUCGGGGACUCGGCCCUGCACCUCCCGCCCUGGGGCUACACCCUGCUGCUCCUGCUCAGCUCCGCCACGUUUCUGCUCAGUCUCCUCGUCCUGGGGGCCCACCAGCAGCAGCGCUGGCAGGACACCUUUCAGGUGCCCAUGGUGCCCCUGACUCCCGCCCUGAGCAUCCUCCUCAACAUCUUCCUCAUGCUGCAGCUGAGCUACAUGGCCUGGCUGCGCUUGUCCAUCGGGCUGCUGAUCGGACUUGUGGUGUAUUUUGGCUAUGGCAUCUGGCACAGCAAGGAGAACCAGUGGGAGCAGCCGGGGUUGACUGCCACACACGGCAGCCUGGAGGAGAUGGUGCCAGCCCUGCAGUCCCCCAGCCAGGCACCGGCCCAGGAGCCCAGACUCACGGAGCAGCCCUCUAGUCCAUGA